CACACAGGCACACACAUCCAUAUCCAACAACCGAAGAAGAUACUCCUUACGCCAUAUAUACAGCUAGCGAGGAGCGAUCUAUAGCUGAAGCAACAGCACAGAUCGAAACUUUGUUAAUGGCUUCUUGCCUGCCGGAUGAUCGCGAGGGCGCGGUGAGGGAGGUGGCGCAGGUGUACGAGCUCAUCAAGAUCCACCAGCCUCUCCUCUUCCUCCAGUAUUCCUCUCAGCCGCCGUCGACGACGACCCAGCUGGCGCAGAGCCUGCUCAGCGAGGCGCUGCGAGCCCUCAGCGUUGCCCUCUCCGUCAUGAAGCAGCAGCAACCUGGUCCCGCGACACCAAGCGUCAAAUCCGAGCCUCAACUCUCAUCGCCCAGCCCUGUAGCAGCCGAUCCCGAUGCAAUUACGACUACGGCGAGAAGAGGCAAAAGAAGAAGAUCAGUAAUAUUGAGUCGGAAGAACUCAUGGGUCAACUUAACCACCGUGCCCUACGAGGACGGCUACGAGUGGAGAAAAUAUGGCGAGAAGAAGAUCAACGGCACCCACUUCACAAGGAGCUACUUCAGGUGCACCUACAAGGAUGACACUGGUUGCCAGGCCACAAAGCAUAUCCAGCAAAAGGACAACAGUGACCCACCUGUGUUUGAAGUCACCUACAACAACGACCACACUUGCAACUGCACUAGGACCACAGCUACUGCUAAGAAAAACAGCAGCAGCAGUAGCAGUAACAAUCUUGCAUUUCUAGGUCAUUCCAUGAUCAAGCAAGAAUCACCAGUGCUGCCUCCUCUAGUCGAGGCUUCUGCCAUUAUUCCUUUGGAUCAACCGCCAUGCCAAGAGCCGUUUCCUAUCAGUAGCCAGCAGUUCUAUGGCACUGUCAGUGAGUAUCAUGCUGCCGGUAUCCCCUCGACGACAAGCACCAAUAGUUCAUGCAUCUCCGGGGUGUCCUGCGAUGACUACUAUUCUGGGGACAUGGGGCAGAUGACGAUGGAACCAGCGGGAGAUAAUGACCCUCUCCACGAUCUCGAGCUUUUCCUCAUGUGCGAUAGCUUCACGUACUACUAGCUAGCAGUAGCUACAACACACACAAGUGCCAACGCAUUUUUCAAUAGAGAGAAAUUCCGGUGAAGUAUGAAUUAUCUCUUCUCUUUUUGGCUUGACAUGCCCUGAAAAUUAGCCUGAAAUAUGAAUGAUCUCCUCUGUUUGGCUUGAGGUGUACAGAAAAGUAUAAUGUAAUAUGAAUGAUCCUGCAGUGUGAGAUUAGUAGAUUUAGUUA